CACAUUUCAGAUCAGGCUCUCUGCCUGAACCUCUUGUGACAGCUGAAAUGGCCUCCGCGCUGUUGGCCAGUCGGCAGGUGCCGUCGUGCCUGUCGUCCCAGAGGCGCAGCGCCCGCACGAGCGCUGUCCGCAGCCGCCCGGCGCCCUUCACCCCCGCUCGCCGCGUCUUUACGCGCGCUCAGGAGGCGGCUAGCGAGCCGACCGUAACUGACGAGGAGCUUGCACAGCUGGUCGAGGAGGAGGACGAGGAUGAGAUCCUGGAAGAGGUGUAUGCCACCGCGGCCGAUGACGAGGAGGAGGACGACGACUUUGAGCUUGACGAGGAUGACCCCGAUUUCCUGGCCGCUCUGGAGGCCGCCGCGCUCAUGGAGGAUGACAUCGACCUGGAGACCGCGGCUGCUGUUGGCGCGGAGCUGGACGAGGAUGAGGAGGAUAAGGAGCUGGCCGCGGCUGCUCUCGAGGACGUACUCGCCGAGAAGUUGUCGGGCGACGAGCCCAUCGGCGAGGCCGAGCUGGCGGAGAUCACCGCUGGCGUGCCUGAGGAGGGCCUUGAGGAGGCCGAUCUCGACGACUUCGUACCGGCUAUGAACAGUGAUCGCUACGAGGAGCGGGCGCUGUCAGCAGAUGACAAGGAAGCCAUUGCGCCGUACAAGCUUGCUAAGAGCGAGCUCCGGAAUCUGCUGCCCCAGGACUGGGACCAAAUUAAUGUGGACUUCUUCUCCAACAAAAAGGACGAGAACAUUCCACUGCCCGAGUUCCGCCUGAACGUGCUAUGGACUGAGAAGAACUUGGCCGUCGCGAUCGACCAGGUCUACUCCAGGGGCCAAGUCAGCCCUCUGACGGAGUACUACUUCUGGCCUCGCCAGGACGCAUGGGAAGAGCUCCGCGUCAACCUGGAGAUGCGGCCAUGGAUAUCUGAGCGGGACCGCAUCAUCCUUCUCAACCGGCUGACACAGCUGAUUAACUUCUGGCAGGAUGAGGAGGUUAAGCACACGGUGGAGGAGGCCCGCACUGAGUUCCCCGACUGUGCCUUCGCCAUCGCCUAAGCACAUAGGGCUGCACUUUUCGUGCAUUUAGAAGAGUGCGGUCGUGGUUGUGAGCCGAUAGGCUUCCUUUGGCCCGGCAGCUCACGCCGCUGGUUAUGACGAUGCGACCUUAUGCCUGUGGCCUUCCGUAAGAGAGGAAGUCGCGUUGUUGUCUCUGUUCUGAACUACAAUGGGCUUUUUCAGGUGUUGAGGAGCAAGACCAAGGAAAUGGUGUUCCCGUUAUGAGCGUGGAUCGUUACUUGCCGCUUUUUGUGUGCAUGCUAUUCGCGGGCGACCCAGCCGGACGGCCAGUCGAUAAGCACGUCUGCCGAGCAUGGCAAGCGUGAUGCCGGUUGUGUCAGGUUUUGCAUCGCGCCAGACAGAACAUCGUCCUAGGCACGCUGCUUAGGUCCGCAUAUGCAAUGGAGGUUUGCCCUUCAAGAUCUAGGCUGGGCGGGUUGCCCAACUUACGUGGCGCCUACAUGUCACAGAGUGCAAGGAUGCGGGUGGAUGGGUAUCCAGUGCGCCGGAAGCGUUGCUGGGUCGACCCACAGGCUCGUUGCGGGGAGCAUGGAGAACUAUUUGCGCGUAGACAGCAGGGUAGGGAGGGUUUUUCAGGUUUUUCCCGACGCGCACGGUGCGGUUCUGGACGCCAUUUUUCACGAGGUUAGGCCGCAGGGCUAAUCCGUGUCCAGUCGGCAUACGUGUCGGGACUCUGGACUGUUCCAAAUGCAAGGAAUUUUGACGUUGACUGAUGAGCCAACAUGCGUGUAUUACGCUACUUAAGGGACUCUGUGGUCGGUGUACGCACGCACCGAGUUUUGAUGGCGACUCCCUGCGUCCUCCUCCGGUGCAACUUUUUAUCCUGUACCGUCCUGGCAAGAGAGCCCUUG